AUGUCUCAUGAAAAAAGAACGUCGGCUGACUUUUUUAAAUAAGUGUUUGGAAGAACAGUGAAUGUGAAAUUGCAUAAUCGAACAGAGUACAUUGGUGUUUUGGCUGCUUUGGAUGGAAACAUGAAUCUGGUCUUGGAAUAGUGUGAAGAAUAUCUGGAAUAGAAACUCAUCAACAAAUAUGGCUAAAUAUUAUUGAGAGGAAAUAAUGUGCUUUACAUUAGUGCCAAAUUUAAUCAAAAGUAAUAAUAGGAGGAAGAAAUUUGA